AUGCCUCUAAUUUUCUUGCAGACGCAGGAUGGUGCGCGCAUCGCGGUACCAGAGGAAGCCGCGCAGCUCUCGGGAAUGGUGCGGCGUGUGUUGGACAGUUGGGAAGAAAUGUACGGCUUCGCGUCACCGGGGACAGCAAUAGACGGCGACACGUACGUAUGCAGCGACUCUGACUCCGAGCGGACCCCCGACCGAAUUGGUGACGAAGAUUACGACGGCCAUCGAAGCGGCAUGAGGAGUCUUAAUGUGGGUUCAAUCAACGACGUGUGCGAACAGUCUUUAGGGUCCAAAUCAGCACUGAGAGGUAGAAAAGUUAACGGGUUUGAGCGGGCGUGCUACGGUAGGGAACAGGGUAGUCCAUCGAGAAACUCUGACGAUACAGAUGGCACAGCGAGUGUUCUUGACGACGAUGAAGCCGAUAACGACUCUCCUUCACCGUCACCUGUUACGUUUUCUCUUCCAACGGUGUGCACGCACGGAGGAAAAGCCGAAUCAGAAGCAAAGGGAACGACACCUCGCGGACAUGAGGUAGGGCUGGAAGGCGAUCGUCAGGAGAAAUUUCACGCCAGUGGAGACAAGACGGUGCCUGGCAACAGUGGUGGUUUCACGCCAUUAGAACAUCAUGUGCCACUUAGGGGAGAUAAGGGGGGAACCAGUGGAGAUGAUAGCGCCACGCCCAGCACCUUGGAUGAUGAUGAAAGUAGGGGGAGUGGGGAGGAAGAGGAAAUACAGGCAGGAAUGGGGGGUGAAGAAGGCGGCUGCAAGGAUGAGCUGUCACAAAAACGAUCGUCAACCAAAUCACGCGAAGUGUCACCGAGCACCAAUACCGCCGCGCACGCCAUCACGCUUGGUUCAGAUGAUGAUGAGUUACAGACUAGCGACCGUGGUGCUGAAGAUAAUAAGGACCCCCCCUCCCUAUCGGCGGAGGUCACACCCGAAACACUUGAACGUGAUGGCAAAACCUCCAAUGUGGAAUCAAGUCCCUCAGAGGUGUGCGGCUCCAGGAUGUCAAAGGACGAGGAGCUGGUAACGGCUAAUAAAUGUAGCCCCGUUGCCGCUGCUGUCGUGUCGCCAAGAACAGACGAGGCAGAAGAGGGGCUUACGCAGGAGGUUUUCGUAGCGUCAGGAACGGGAUCGGUCAUGCCUUUCUUCACACCAAACAGUCAGACAAACGAGGGGCUUGUGUCCCCCGGGAGUUACCAUCAACGCACCCCAUGCAUGAUCGGGGACGAAGACGACUCCACAAUCCCCAGCGGUGACUGUGCAUCUCCCACAAUUGAGGAGACAUUGCAGUUAGAGACCACUUCGCGGCCACUGUGCCAGCAUUCAAGCAAAGGUAAGGACGUGUCAUCUCCCAUAGAGGGUUCUAGUCGUUUCUCAGGUGAAAGGUCACUAAGUCCUCGUGGACUUAUGAGUAGCAUGAGGGCGGAUAGUGUUUCCCAGACCCGGAAGCAGCAACCCAAUAGUAGUGCUUUAGGCGAUGACGGCGAUGAUGAAGGUGCCAAUGGAGAAGUCGAGGGCCGCCCGAUGCGGCAAUGCAUGCACAUCACUGACAAGGAAAUCGUCAUCAAAUUGCAGAACUGGUUUUGUGAUUCAAAUGAGAUAGCCGGUGAGUGGGAAGCAGCGGGAAAGACGGAAUCGAGGCGAAGCGGGGCGAGUAGCAACCUCGAGAUUAGUCAGACAAUACCAUUUCACUCCUCACACAAAUCUUCACUGGGGAAGUCAGCCAGCAGCAGUACCCUACGCCCAAGCAAUACUUGCAUUCCAGCGGACUUGUCUGCACCUUUAGACGGUGCUCCGUCGCUUGAAGUAUCGACUACCUCGGAGACGCGCAAAAUACAUUCCGCACGUGGUCCCCGCGCAGAUGAGCGUGCGUCGCGGCCCUACCGAACUCCAUCAACCGAUGCCGUGCGAUACUGUGCCGUGUACCUCCGGCACUUCGCCACGAUCCAUCAACAACACCCCUACGAGAACAGUCGCCAGGAGCAGCUCCUUCCCACACUCGCGCCUGAACCUCUCACUGCACCUCUAGUGGCACUCUUGACUCCCUGGGAGCGGAAUUUCAUCUACCGCGACAUACUUGGUCAGACGGAGGAGCAGGUGUCACGUGCGAUGGAAAUAGUUGAGCAUUCACCAAAUAUGAGUUAUACGUACCCCACUCCGUUCCUCAAGGUUUCUGGAAUUUCCAGAGUGCUUCUAGUAGAGCCCCCCGCUGCGGAGCGCGUUGCUCUGUUGCUGCGCGUCAUGCGCGCGGCAGAAGUGCUCCAAGUCCCAUCACUGCGGAGCCUCUGUGCAGCGUGGUGUGCUGACUUCAUUGUGAGAGCGAGCUAUGGGGCCCGAGACCAUUUUGAGGCGGCGGCGUUAGUUCGCAGAUGCUUCCAAGUGCAAAAUGACUGGUCACGCAAGGAAAUGGACUGCUUAAAGCUGGAAAAUGAGUGGCCUGUAAAUGAAGAAGAAUAG